AGUCACAACUGCGCGCGUUAUUUCGUCAAGUUGGAUGCCGCUGCAGACGCUCACACCGGAGCUGGCGGCGCAGAUCGCGGCAGACUACCCGGCGCUUCAGAGUCUCAACCUGUCUAGCAAUGCGCUCCGUGAUGUACGCCACCUGCAGCUGCUGCCGCGCUGCUUGACACAGCUGGAUCUCGGUGGAAAUCGCCUCACGGCGCUACCCGAAGAAUUGGGAAUAUGGCUGCCAGAACUGCGUCUGCUACGACUGCGAGCCAACGCACUUGAGUCGCUGCGACCGCUCAUUGGCUGCACACAGCUACAGACGCUUGACGUUGGCACCAACUGCGUGGCCCUUGUGAGCGAGCUACGUUUCCUGCAGUCAUUGACGCACCUCCGUCAUCUUUUGUUGGACGGGAAUCCGAUAGCCGAGUCGCUCACUUACCGCCGUGAGGUGCUAGCCAUGCUACCACAGCUGCAAACGCUAGACAGACAGGAGAUUACAGCAGCUGAAAGGCUUUAUGCCAAGCUUCAGCUAAAGACACAGAUCGGUGGAGGAGCUACAGUCCGGUCGCCGUCACCAGUACCGUCACCGACGAGAUUAUUAACGCCAGAGAGUCUACAGACGCAAAGAAAUACCGAACAAGAUGGUGAAAUACCAGUAGUGAAUACGACGUUGAGAGUGGAGAUAAAUCGGGAGUUGGAAGAGGAGGAGAAAGAAAACGACACGAAUCACAGGAUGGAGUAUAGCGUGUCGGAUGAGAUGGAAAGGCAGCCGUCACCUCUAGUUUUAGCUGCAACGACCACACCAUCACCUGAACGACACAAGAGACAAGAUAUGUUUCGUCAAUCCAGGAGACCGGAUCGCCGAGACAGCAACAUAACCCGACAGGAGUACACCGGCUCACAGAAUAACCAUUACCAGCCCGCCAGUAGAAUAGAUGAUGGCCACAAUAUCGCUGUGUCGGAUGCUGGAACAAGAGAGAUGCUACUGAAAAGCCGCGUGGAGGCGCUCGAAGCCAUACUCACCGUGCAGGACAAAACUAUAAGGCAUACACUAGCUAGAUUCGGCGAGCGCAGUCCAGGUUCCCAAUUGAACAUAGUCAGUAAAAACGGAGAUGCUGUUGUGCCGACAGUUGAAGCUGCUGCAGCUGUGUACACCCAGCUGCUCGCUGCUUGGCGUGAGAAGUGCGUCUCUCUUAUGGUCCAAGCUCAGUCAAGCGAACUGGAAAAUGAGGCUCUAAUUCAGGACUACCGACUACAAGAAGCCCAGAUCAGCGAAGAUCUUGCGCGCUGUGAAGAGAAGCUAGAGAUUUGGCAGCAACGAGCAGCCGAUUUUGAAGCUCAGCGUGAUCUGGAGGUGGUAGCUACGCGCCAAGCCGAAGCUCAACGAGCACAGGCCAACGCUAAGGCUGUCCAAGCAGUACGAGGAUUGGCGCUGGAGCGUGAAAAACUCCAGAAUUUGGCUGGGACGGUGGUUCGGUUCACUGGCGGUCUAGUUCGUGAUAAAGUGGAGCAGCUACACAGCGGUUCUGCGAGGUUACAAGCGUUAGAGCGACGUCUAUUGCUCGCCAAAGAGCGAGUAGAGUUGGUGUCUACUCUGGUAACUCAUCGGGAGGCGAGGCUGCGUAAUAGCGAGGCUGCACUGGAGGCUGAACGACGAGUAUGGGCUCACCGACUGGAACAGAUGCGUAAUGUGAGAAUGCAAGACCAGGAGACGAAAAACGAGAACAGUGGCGACAUUUCCAACGCAGCGGUGCGUCCACCUGCAGAAGGGAAAAUCUUGAGACCAGCAACCGAGACAGCACUACGCGCGCUGUUUCACCGUCUCGACUGUUAUGACACUGGGCUAGUACGCUCACAAGUGCUGCUGCAAGCUUUACGACGAGGAGAUCCAGGCGUGCUUAGUGCUGUCGGAGGCCCUAAAAAACUCUCAAAGCUCGUAUCGCACGUCGAGACUGCACUCCGCAAGUUAUCCCUUACUGGUACACUCACAUGGGGUGAAUUUUUGCUUUUCUUCAUCCCAGAGAGUUCCGUAUCCUUAGCUGCAUUGUUGGAGGAUAACAAGGACUCUACUGAAGCAGAACAUGCCGACUCGAAUGGUGCGUGCUCCCUCUGUACAGCAGUAAAGAGCAGUGAACUACCAAGUCGGCCAUUCACAUUGCCAAUUAGCCUGCCAACGGACCAAACCGAAGCGAAGCUGAUCAAGAAGCGCAAAGACCGUAAGGUGUUAGAGUCGCUGAGUCACAGUGAACUUGUGCAACAGAAUGUAGUGCUCCUAGCUGAUCGGGAACGUCUUCGUCGAUUACUUGCACGAGAUGCCCACGACUUGCGCGAUCAAGUGCGUGGCGUUCGUCGAGAAUGGGAAGUCAAGACCAGAGAGUUGGUCCACCAAAAAGACAGACUGGAACGAGAUCUGAAUGAUCAAGCUGAGGUGCUUUUUGAUGCCCAGAAGCAGCGUGAAGUAGCUGCAGUAGCGCGGGAUGAGGCUCUACUGGAAGUCCAGAGACUACGAGAGCAGCUUACAACACAGGAACAAGACUUUGAGCUGCAAAGGAAGAAACUGGAGGCUGAGAGUGCAAAGCGACUGCAACAUGAGCAGGAAAUCUACCAGACUGAGAUCCAAGACGCUCGCUUAGCCCAUUCGUUGCUUCAGACUGACCACAGUAAACAACAGGUGCGCGUUCGACAGCUCGAAAGGGACUUGGCACGACAAAAAGAGGCACUACUCGCCCACGAGACGGAGCGUGUUGCCAAUCUUGAAGAAAAGAUACGUCGACGUGAUGCAGAGUUGGCUCGGUUGAGACGGGAACGCAACACCAUUUUGAGCUCCUUGCGCGAACAGGAACAUAAGCUGGCAAUGGCAACGGAGCCGACGUCUACGGAGUCCAUCGCUACUCAAACGGAGCAAGCACCACAAAGAACAGUGGCGUCCCAAACACAAGCUGAAGCUCCCAGCGAUCGAAUGAGCAUCAACGAAAUCUCUGACAAUGGUGCAGAAGACAAGGAGGUGAAGCUUUUUCGUCCUGGCCAGUUAACGCCAGAGGAUGUGAAUCUGCGGCUGCAAAAGCUGCAGUCACUGACCGAGAGCUUGUUAGCAGACUAGUAGAAACAAACUUAAAAGAGGUGUAACAUGAAGUGUGAACUAUUGAAUAUAUACGAUACAGCCAUAUCCAGCUAGACGACGUAGUUUUUACCUGCG